AUGGUUUUUUCUGCAUUUAAGGCACGUUUUAAUCAUAUUGUUGAGCAUUUCACUGGUAAUGUUAUUCGUUUGAUAUGUAAAGAAUGCCCGAUGUUAACAUUUUUGAAUGGUCAUCAAAUGCGACAACAUCACUUGGAGAAUCAUCUCGAAAUUCUCUAUCGUUGCGCUAUUUGUCAGAAGAUUUUCAACACACAAAAUCGUUUCCAACAACAUUUAAACGUGCAUAAUGAAGAGAUCAUGCAAUAUCAGUGCGCCGCAUGUAACACGCUAUUCGAAAGCAAUGAUCUCUUAGCGAUACACGUUCAGUUAAUCCAUGAUCGACCAAUUAAUCACAUAUCAAAUGUCGGCGAUAGCGGCGAUCAGAUAACACCAAUUAGCAUCGAUCGAAAUUUAUCUUCGAUCAGUUCAGCGACAGAUAACCGGUCAGUGAAAUGCUUAGUUUGCGACAUAAAGUUUGAAAAUGAUGAAGAACUUGAUUCACACAGACUUUAUUGUCAUUGUAAGAUACCUCGAUCUGAUCGCUGCGCUGAAUGUCAAGAGAAAAUUCAUAACAUUUCUCAAUUCAUAGACCAUACUCGUAAACAUAUGAGCGAACAAACAACAGCAUGCAUAGUAUGUCGACAAGCACUUCGUAAUGAAGCACAAAUUGAGUCACAUGCUAAAUUCCAUAUGCAUAUGCAGGAGAGAAAUGAUGAUAUGAUUACCGGGCAAAUUGCUGAGAUAAGCGAGCAUGAGACCGAUUGGCGAUGCAUUAUAUGUUUACAGGUAAAUUUAUGA